AUGGUAGCCAGAGAGAAGCCAGGCAAGCUGAACAGUUUCAUGGACUCAAGCAAUUUAAAGGAAGCACUAAAAAGAGAGCUCACUACCAAGUGCCUACAGAUGAAGAAAUAUUACCUGACUUGGCAAAAGCAAAAAUAUUCUCAGUACUUGAUGCCAAAGACAGAUAUUGUGGAAAUAUAUCAAUACUGCCAGAUAGACAUGCUAGCAGGACUGGAAGGGAACAGCAUCAUAGAUGAUGACAUUCUGGUGCACAGACACAGUGACAGCAUGGCAGAAGCUUUGGCAGAUCACAACCACAACCUCAUCUGCCUGCUAGAAAGAGCCAAGGAAGGUGCUAAAAGAACUUCUAUGUUGGAAAAUCGGCCUCAGAAGCACUAUGGAAUAACAUCUCCAAUUAGUUUGACUCCUCCUAAGGAAAUAGAUUAUAUUCACACUCAGAAAUUAAUUGAAGCCAUGAAGCCAUUUGGAGUAUUUGAAGAAGAAGAAGAACUAAAUCACAGGUUGAGUGUUCUUGGUAAAUUGAAUAAAUUAGUCAAAGAAUGGAUUUCAGAACUCAGUGAAAGUAAGAACCUCCCACCUUCAGUUGUAGCAAAUGUUGGUGGAAAAAUAUUCACAUUUGGCUCCUAUAGGCUUGGAGUACACACCAAAGGUGCUGACAUAGAUGCUCUUUGUGUUGCUCCUAGACAUGUGGAAAGAUCAGAUUUCUUUCAGUCCUUCUUUGAAAAGCUAAAGGCUCAAGAUGGAAUCAGGACUUUAAGAGCAAUAGAAGAUGCAUAUGUACCGGUUAUCAAGUUUGAAUUUGAUGGUAUUGAGAUUGAUCUUGUGUUUGCAAGGCUGGCUGUACAGACUAUUUCUGAUAAGUUGGAUCUUCGAGAUGAUUCACGUCUAAGAAGCUUGGAUAUAAGGUGUAUACGAAGCUUAAAUGGUUGCAGAGUUACUGAUGAAAUUCUGCAUUUAGUUCCACACAAGGAGAACUUCAGGCUAACUCUUAGAGCAAUUAAAUUGUGGGCAAAACGACGUGGUAUUUAUUCAAAUGUUCUGGGAUUUCUUGGUGGUGUUUCCUGGGCAAUGCUGGUAGCAAGAACAUGUCAGCUUUAUCCAAAUGCAUUGGCAUCUACUCUAGUUCACAAAUUCUUCUUAAUUUUUUCAAAAUGGGAAUGGCCAAAUCCUGUGUUGCUCAAACAACCUGAAGAUAGCAAUCUAAAUUUGCCUGUCUGGGAUCCUAGGGUAAACCCAUCCGACAGAUAUCAUCUAAUGCCCAUAAUCACGCCAGCUUAUCCACAGCAGAACUCUACAUAUAACGUUUCUACUUCAACACGAGCAGUAAUGGUAGAGGAGUUCAAGCAAGGUCUUGCUGUCACAGAUGAAAUUCUUCAAGGAAAAUCAGACUGGCCAAAACUCCUUGAACCACCAAACUUUUUUCAAAAGUACAAGCAUUAUAUUGUGUUGACUGCUAGUGCUUCUACCGAAGAGCAUCAUUUAGAAUGGGUUGGUCUAGUUGAAUCUAAAAUUCGUGUACUUGUUGGGAACUUGGAGAGAAAUGAAUUUAUAAUCCUUGCACACGUUAAUCCUCAGUCUUUCCCUGGCAACAAGGAACAUUACAAAGAGAGCAACUAUGUAUCAAUGUGGUUCCUUGGAAUAAUUUUUAGGAAAAUGGAAAAUGCUGAAAGUAUUAACAUUGACUUAACAUAUGAUAUACAGUCAUUCACAGAUACGGUUCACAGGCAGGCAAAUAACAUCAAUAUGCUAAAAGAAGGCAUGAAGAUUGAAGCCACUCAUGUGAAGAAAAAGCAACUGCAUUAUUAUUUGCCUGCUGAAAUAUUACAAAAAAGAAAGAAGCAAAGCAUACCGGACAUUGGGCGGAAUAUUAGUGGAUUUCCAUCCACACGGGUUUCAGUGGAUGGAAGCUCUUUGGAUGGUUUCACUAACACAGACACUGGAACACGAUAUAGCUCCCCUUCUUCAUUGAACAGGAUCUCUAAAUUGGACACCUUUUCUCUGAUAGAAACAGAAAGGUUAGCAAAAACCAAUGCUGCUACCAGUAGGGAGAAGCCAUUGAAUGUCACCUUGCCAUCACUGCCUGUUAAAGGACUGUCCAUUCCAGUGAUUGGUUCAAAUGUUACAAGUACAACAAAAACAGUGCUUUCUCCAACUGGAUGCAUCAUACCUACAGUAGUAGGACGCAAUGUGAUUCCUCGACUUAUUACAUCUCCUGCACAGGGGCAACAAUUACUAAAUGGAAUUUUAACUAUAAACUCUAAAAAUGUUGCACCUAAAAGAUCUCAUUCACCUUCCUCAGAAGAAUGCACUAAAAGGCUUAAAGAUAUAGAAAAGGUAAAAACACACUUCAAUACAGAAUCAAAGAGAGACAGAGUUGGAGAGAUGUGUAUAGAGAAACUCCAAAAGACGCUGCAGAGCCUUGGACAAGAGGAAUCCAUGCCUAUUCCAACUAUUGACACAUCAAGAUCACAGAGACUUGCCAGUAAAGAACUACCAGAUUCAUCUUCUCCCAUUCCAACAAAUAAUAUUCGUGUCAUUAAACAUUCCAUCAGAUUGACCCUUAACCGGUAACUACAGUGCCUCUUCAGAUGCUGUAGGACACUUCCAUUAUUGUAUAGCUUUUUCCAAGAUCAUCUCCAGACAAGCUACUGUCUACAAAAUCAUGGCUUUUGAGUCUCUUUUAAAUUUUGCCUUUAGUUCAAAUAUUUUGUGCUUCUGACUGACCUACUUCUCACUUAGAACUCCCUUCCAACAGCAGUCCUGUUUGUUUUUUUUAAAAACUCUUGUGUUAUAAUCAUUGUCUUGAGCUAAAAAAAAUUGUUCUGAAAAAUACAAAAAAAUUGU